UCAGAGUGCCUAGUCAUGCCGUGUGCGUCAUCACGCUGUGCGUCAUUACGUCACCUAAGCCGGUGUCGUCGUGCUGCAGUGCGCGCGCCUGUGACAGAAGUGAAGGGGGAGCUGAAGGAGAAACAUCUCAGAGCUAAAGUCCAUCAAAAUGUCCAUUGUAUCGUUUGAUGAUUAUGAGGAGUCCAAGUUCCUCAGGAAGGCCAAGGAGAACCCAUUCGUCCCCAUCGGGAUGGUGGGGUUCUUUGCGAUCGUGGCCCACAGGCUGUAUAAGAUGAAGAGCAGGGGCAGUAUGAAGAUGUCUGUGCACCUGAUCCAUACGCGUGUGGUAGCACAGGGUUUCGUGGUGGGAGCCAUGACCUUAGGUGUGAUCUACUCCAUGUAUAAGGACUACGUGCUGAAGCCUGCUGAAGCUCGGAAAGCACUGGAGCAGAAAGCUAAGGAAAACCAGUGACCUGAGGAGCAUCUCACUUCCACCAAUAAUAAUUAAAUCUUAUUUUCAUGUUGGCACCCAGGUGUCCUGUAGACACCUCACCUUCUUCUCAAGAUCUUACUUAUUUAUCUUAAAUAAUAUUAUCAGAGUUUAUAUUUAUUUUUUUAUAUAACAUCUACAAUUCUGAACCACAAACCAGGACUCAGAGCAGAGUGGAGGCAGGAACACACUUCAUACUGUCUUCAGUACAACCUGAAGCUAGCUGGGGCUUUAGCUCGGUACUAACAUCACCAGCAGUGUUCGAGUUUAGCGUGUGACAUCACAAAAAUGGGAUGAACAUGGCAUGAACACUGCACUUCAUCUGUGGACCAAAAAAGAUUCCUCAGAGUGGAACCUCUGUGGAAUAGGGGGUUAUACACGGAACCUUUCAGGGUUCUUUAAUAUUAAUCUUAUGUCACAGUACAGCUGCAGAUAUACAAAUAUACGCUAAUGAUAGUGACAUUAGGAGUAUUAAUAGAGUAAAAUGCCAACCUUUAACCAUAGUGUGUGUGUGCAGUUAUCUAGCUCUGCUGAUCGUUAUUUAAAAUGUUCUCAGAGCAGUUCUACCUCAGAACCUUCUCUGUUGUAAGGUUCUACUUGGAACAAUAAGAACAAACCAGCCAAAAAAACUUCAGGGUUGAAAUGGUUACACCAGACGUGGGUGGUUGUGUCUCAUUUGCAUAAGCAUUUGCAUAGUUUAAUGAGGGUGAAGUUGUAAUGAUGCCUUAACAUCCAGGGAAGCUGAUUAUAAUGUAUUCACAUACACUGCUAUAUGUGAUGAUGUCAUCAUUCAAUACAUUGUGUGUGUGAUGUAAUGUACUAUAAUAAAAGAACACACUUUGUACACAUCUUUAUUACUAAUAAAGUAUCAAUAUAAAUGUA